AUGGUGGUGGACAACGGGAGCGGCCAGGUCAAGGCCGGGUUCGCCGGGGACGACGCGCCGCGCGCGCUGUUCCCCUCCGUAAUUGGCAUCCCGAAGCAACACAGCGUUAUGCUCGGCGCGGAAAGCAAGAGUAAGUACGUGGGCGACGAGGCGAUCGCAAAGAAGGGCGUGCUGAAGUUGACCUACCCGGUGGAGCACGGCAUGGUGACCGACUGGGAGCACAUGAAGCUGUUGUGGAACCACACGUUCCACGACCAGCUGCGCGUGGACGACCUCACCGCGUAUAGCAUCAUGCUCACGGAGCCUUCGCAGAACCCCAAGCAAAACCGCGAGAAAAUGGUUCAAACGAUGUUUGACGACUACGGCUUUCAGUCGUGCUUCAUUGCAGUGCAGGCGGUUUUGUCUUUGUACGCGUCCGGCCGAACCACAGGGUUGGUGCUGGACAGCGGCGACGGCGUGUCGCACAUCGUGCCGAUCUACGACGGCUUCUCGAUGCCUGCGUCCGUCAUCCGGCUGGACCUCGCCGGGCGCGAAGUCACCGAGCGCUUCCAGAAGCUGCUCUGCGAGAGCGGGAUCAACUUGCGCACGUCCGCCGAACUCGAGAUCUGCCGCGACAUCAAGGAAAAAACGUCAUACAUCGCGGACGACUACGAGGCCGAGCUCGAGCCCAGAGCUGCAAGUUCGACGAUGGAUCCGAGUUGUGUUUAA